UAAAGAGUGAUUUAACAAGUAAUGGUGUUAUCCACUUCAUUGACAAAGUGUUGAUACCCAAAAUUCCUACAAACACAAGUUCAUCUUUGUUAAAUGUAAGUCAGGCUGCCAAGCUUCAGGGUUAUUCCACAUUUGCCCAACUACUCAAGGAAUCCAACUUACUUUCUGUGAUUAAUAAUAAAAUUCACCAACCUUUCACAAUGCUGUGGCCUACAGAUAACGCUUUCAACUCUCUGCCAGCGGAGAGAAAGAGAUGGUUGUACCAUGAAGACCACAAAGACAAACUUGUGGCCUAUCUGAAAGUUCACAUUAUCAGAGAUAUAAAGAUUACUGCAGCAAGCUUGCCUGAAGCCAAAUCGCUUAGGACACUGCAUGGUUCCACAGUUUCCUUUCGAUCGAUGCAGCACAACCAAUAUUGGUGAUAUACUGUUAAAUGAAAACAAUGCUAAGAUUAUUCAGCGGGACCUGGAAUUUACUGAGGGAAUCGCCCAUGGGAUUGACCAGUUGCUGGAGCCUCCUAACAUUGGAGCGCGGUGUGAUGAGUAUGUUGUGGCAGGAGCUUCAAACAUAUACAAUUAUUGUUCAAUGUGUGGCAUAGAGAGACCUUGCCCUUCUGGAACAGUUGAUAGGGGAGAAACAGAAGAAUGUAUCCUUUUUUCAAGAAAUAUGGGUAGGUAUGACACUUUCUCAUACACACCUAGAAGACAUACUUGGGGCUGGCAUGAUAGACGCAGGCACCCUAAUGAAGGCUGCAGAAGAAAAUGCUAUAGUGUUUCCUGGGAACCACGUUGCUGUAAAAAUCACUAUGGAGGAGAUUGCCAUGUGUGUCCUGGAGGCCUGGAAGCUCCGUGCAGUAAUCAUGGAACAUGUGUAGAUGGAAUGGCAGGAACGGGUCAGUGUAAUUGCGCAGAGGGGUUUAUUGGGACAGCUUGUGAGCUAUGUGCCCCUAACAGAUAUGGCCCAGACUGUAAAGAAUGCACUUGUACACAGUAUGGACAAUGUAGCGAUGGAAUUUCUGGUGAUGGAUCGUGUUUCUGUGCUGAAGGAUGGACUGGCCAGAACUGUGACAUUAAACUCAUGAUUGAACCUACUUGCUCACCAGCUUGUGAUGGUAAUGCCACAUGCAGAACUGACAAUCAAUGUGUAUGUAACCCUGACUAUGAGGGAGAUGGGAGAUCAUGCAAUGUUAUUGACCAAUGCCAGAUUUACAAUGGCGGGUGUAGUCUCAAUGCUCGGUGCUCUAUGAUUGGGACAAAAGUUUCAUGUACAUGUCUUCCUGGAUAUGAAGGAGACGGCAAUGUGUGCACCUCAAUCAAUCCUUGUACAAAUGGGGAAAACGGGGGGUGUAGUGAACAUGCAACAUGUUUUCACACUGGUCCGAAUACACGGAGAUGUGAAUGUCACAAUGGUUUUGUGGGCAAUGGAGUCCAGUGCCUUGAGAAAUACACUCCACCUGUUGACCAAUGCCUACAAGAAAAUGGAGGCUGUGACCCACUGGCAAUCUGCACCGAUCUCCAUUUUGAAGAGAAAACAGCCGGAGUUUUUCAUUUGCAGUCCCCGAAAGGCAAAUAUCAAUUCACAUAUGAAGAAGCAGUCAGUGCAUGCACCUCAGAGGGGGCAAGCAUUGCCACUUUCCAGCAGCUGUCUGCUGCCCAGCAGUUGGGCUAUCAUCGCUGCAUGGUUGGAUGGCUGUUUAACAGAACUGCAGGUUAUCCCACAGUGUAUCCCAGUGUAAGCUGUGGUUCAAAUCAUGUCGGAAUUGUAGACUACAAACAGAGAACAAACCUGAGCGAGACAUGGGAUGUCUACUGUUAUCGUUUUAAAGAUGCAGAAUGUGAUUGUCCUGAUGGAUAUGUGGGCGAUGGCAGCUUCUGCAAUGGAAACCUGCUGGAAGUUUUGGAGGAAUAUUCUAAAACAUCCACAUUCUAUUCGAUGCUUCUUGAUUAUAGUAAUUCCAGUUCUCAAGGUGCUGAAUUUUUCGAUAUGCUGGUAAAUAGGACUUCCUAUAGAACAUUAUUUGUUCCAGAAGAUGGCAGUUUUGACGACAAUGUAACAAUAACAUGGCGGGAUUUAGAACAUCACAUCACUAAACUGGACAUUUUACUCCCAUACUCAAAUCUGACAAAUGGUACCACAUUGGUUUCCAACACAGGAUACAAUCUUUCUAUCUCUGAGUUCCUCGGUAAUUGCUCUCAACCUCCAUGCUCAAAGGUUGUAAAUGGCAAAAUAAUUAUCCAGUGGGAUAUCCCUGCCUUUAAUGGAAUCAUACAUAUCAUUCAUGGACCAUUACUUGCACCACCUUUACUGGAGAUUGCAGACAGCCAGAUAACACAUCCUGUAACUGCAGGGAUGGUAACAGCAAUAGUAAUUGCACUGAUUGCUGCCACUGCUGUUGGUUACCUUUACUACCGAAAACAGAAUGAUGGUUUUCAAUUCAGACAUUUCAAGGGGGAAGAUGAUGACCUAGAUAUGCAAGAGGUUAUGAAUCCUCCUCUAGUAAACUUUCCAAAUCCAGUUUAUGGAGCUAACGGUUUCUUUGACCAGUUUGAGGAGCCAUAUAAUGAUGGUGAUGAGACUUCAGAUUCCUCCAAAAUUCUUCGCUAG